ACCAUGAAAAAAAUCAACUUAAGAUAUUUUAUGACCAAAAAUCUAUUCCGAAAUUGAUACCACGUGAAAAACUCUUAUUUAAUUAUCCAAUGAUGCUAGAAAAAUUUUCGAUAAAGAACUUGGGAAGAAUUGUACAUACUUGGAUUGCUAUAUUUUGUCCUGAUAAAAAGUUAAAAAAACAAGUUAUGCAAAUUAAGAACGAUAAUAUUAUGAAUGUUCUAGAAUUUCAGCCUGAAAUUAGUCAAGAUUUAAAUAUUACAAAACUUGCAAUUGAAUACACUCAAAUAUCAAUCUACACUAUAAAGCUUUUAGAAAAAAUUUCAAAGUCAUGUAAAAAAAUAAAUUAUCUAAUUGUCAAAGUUCCUGCAUUUGAAAAUAAUCCUGAAAUUAAAAACUCUAUUAUAUCGAUUAUAAAUGUACAGGAAAGAUUAAAAGAAUUUAACUUCAGGGGUGUAGAUAGCUGA